CUCCUCCUCUCCGGCUAGCGGGGGGAGGCGGAGGGGGAGUUGUGGGAGGGUCUCUCUCCAUUGAAAUAAACAAGCAGCCAGUUAUUAAAACGGGAACAUGGCGGCCGCAGCCACAGCUUUAUCUUGCAAAGCGAAGGUCAGCGCCCGCGGCAGCCGGAGACAUGACUGACCCCGCACACUUGAGAUGUAUCUGAGUACUGAAGCUCACCCAAACACACAUGACCUACAGAACUGAUUUGACUGCCUCACUGAAUCUUGUUGCUGAUAUGUGUUCAAGAUGAGUGGGAUGGGAGAAAAUUCCUCUGACCCAUCCAGGGCAGAGUCAAGAAAGCGCAAGGAAUGCCCUGAUCAGCUUGGACCCAGCCCUAAAAGAAGCACUGAGAAACGUAAUCGUGAGCAAGAGAAUAAAUACAUAGAAGAACUUGCAGAGCUGAUAUUUGCAAAUUUUAACGAUAUUGACAACUUUAACUUUAAACCUGAUAAAUGUGCAAUCUUGAAAGAAACUGUGAAGCAAAUUCGUCAGAUAAAAGAACAAGAAAAAGCAGCAGCGGCCAAUGAAGAUGAAGUACAAAAAGCGGAUGUAUCAUCUACAGGUCAGAGUGUCAUUGACAAGGAUGCACUUGGACCAAUGAUGCUUGAGGCCCUAGAUGGAUUCUUCUUUGUAGUGAACCUGGAAGGUAACAUUGUGUUUGUUUCUGAGAAUGUGACACAAUACCUAAGGUACAACCAAGAAGAGCUGAUGAACACAAGUGUAUAUAGCAUCCUGCAUGUAGGGGACCACAGUGAAUUUGUCAGAAACCUGCUGCCAAAAUCUUUAGUGAAUGGGGGAUCUUGGUCUGGUGAAGCCCCUAGGCGCAACAGCCAUACUUUUAAUUGUCGGAUGCUGGUAAAACCUUUGACUGAUGCUGAAGAAGGCCCUGAUAACCAGGAAGCACAUCAGAAAUAUGAAACUAUGCAGUGUUUUGCUGUUUCUCAACCAAAGUCCAUCAAGGAAGAUGGUGAAGAUUUGCAGUCUUGCUUGAUUUGUGUGGCAAGAAGAAUUCCAAUGAAGGAAAGGCCAGUUCCUCCCUCAUCAGAGAGCUUUUCUACUCGCCAAGAUCUGCAAGGCAAGAUAACUUCACUAGACACUAGCACUAUGCGAGCAGCCAUGAAACCUGGCUGGGAGGAUUUGGUGAGAAGGUGCAUUCAAAGAUUCCAUGCACAGCAUGAGGGAGAGAUAUCUUUUGCCAAGAGGCAUCAUCAGGAAGUGCUGAGGCAGGGACUAGCAUUCAGUUCUGUCUAUCGAUUUUCCUUGUCUGAUGGCACUAUAGUUGCUGCCCAAACGAAGAGCAAGCUUAUCCGUUCUCAGACUACUAGUGAACCUCAGCUUGUAAUAUCCUUGCAUAUGCUUCACAGAGAGCAAAAUGUCUGUGGAAUGAAUCAGGAUUUGACUGGACAAACAAUGGGGAAGACAUUGAACCCAAUUAGCUCCAGCAGCCCUGCCCAUCAGGCCAUGUGCAGUGGGAACCCAGGUCAGGAUAUGACCAUCAGUAGCAAUAUAAAUUUUGCCAUAAAUGGCCCAAAGGAACAAACGGGCAUGCCAGCAGGCAGGUUUAGUGGUUCAGGGGGAAUGAACCAUGUGUCAAGCAUACAAGCAUCCACUCCUCAGGGUAGUAACUAUGCACUAAAAAUGAAUAGUCCCUCACAAAGCAGCCCUGGCAUGAACCCAGGGCAGCCAAAUUCUAUGCUUUCCCCAAGGCAUCGUGUGAGUCCUGGAGUGGCAGGAAGUCCUAGAAUUCCACCCAGUCAGUUUUCCCCUGCAGGAAGCUUGCAUUCACCUGUGGGAGUUUGCAGCAGCACAGGAAAUAGCCAUAGUUACACCAACAGUUCCCUAAAUGCACUUCAAGCCCUCAGUGAGGGUCAUGGAGUUUCUCUAGGGUCAUCGUUGGCUUCACCUGACCUAAAAAUGGGUAAUUUACAAAAUUCCCCUGUUAAUAUGAAUCCUCCCCAGCUAAGCAAAAUGGGAAGCCUGGACUCUAAAGACUGUUUUGGACUUUAUGGGGAGCAAUCAGAAGGUACAACUGGACAAACAGAGAGCAGCUGCCAUUCAGGAGAACAGAAAGACAGUAAUGAUAACAAUGUGCCCCAGGUUAUCAGUGGUGAGAGGCCUGAUGGACAGAACAGACUGCAUGAUGGCAAAAGCCAGACAAAGCUCUUACAGCUGCUGACCACCAAAUCUGAUCAGAUGGAGCCUUCAUCCUUGUCAAAUUCUAUGGGAGAUGCUAACAAGGACUCCACUGGAGGCUUAUCUGGUUCUGGUUCAGCACAUGGAACCUCGCUCAAGGAGAAGCAUAAAAUUUUGCACAGACUCUUGCAGGACAGCAGUUCUCCUGUAGACUUGGCCAAACUUACAGCAGAGGCCACAGGCAAAGAACUGAACCAGGAGUCCAAUAGCACAGCUCUUGGUUCAGAGGUGACUGUUAAACAGGAACCAGUGAGUCCCAAGAAGAAAGAAAAUGCACUACUUCGUUACUUGCUAGAUAAAGAUGAUACUAAAGAUAUUGGUUUACCGGACAUAACCCCAAAACUGGAGCGGUUGGACAGUAAAACAGACCCUUCCAGUAGCACAAAGUUAAUAACUAUGAAGACAGAAAAGGAGGAGAUAAACUUUGAGCCUAAUGAACAGCCGGGCAGUGAGUUGGAUAAUUUGGAGGAGAUUCUGGAUGAUCUACAGAAUAGUCAGUUACCACAGCUUUUCCCAGAUACCCGGCCCGGUGCUGCAGCUGGAUCAGUUGACAAGCAAGCCAUCAUCAAUGACCUCAUGCAGCUCACAGGUGAAAACAGCCCUGGCACAUCUGUUGGAACCCAGAAACCAGCAAUGAGGAUUUCACAGAGCACUUUUAAUAACCCACGGGCAGGACAACUGGGCAGGUUAUUACCAAACCAGAAUUUACCACUCGACAUCACAUUACAAAACCCAUCAGGUUCAGGACCUUUCCCACCGAUAAGAAACAGUAGUCCAUAUUCAGUGAUACCUCAGCCAGGAAUGAUGGGCAGUCAAGGGAUGAUAGGAAAUCAAGGAACUUUAGGGAACAAUAGCGCAGGAAUGGUUGGUGGUAAUACCCCUCGGCCUGCCAUGCCGUCUGGAGACUGGGGUGCUCAGGGUUCUGCUGUGAGGGUAACCUGUGCUGCUACAACCAGUGCCAUGAACAGGCCAAUCCAAGGAGGCAUGAUACGUAACCCAGCAACCAGCAUUCCUAUGAGACCCAGCAGCCAGCCAGGCCCAAGACAGAUGCUUCAGUCUCAGGUCAUGAAUAUGGGGCCAUCUGAACUGGAGAUGAAUAUGGGGGGACCUCAGUACAGCCAACAGCAAGCUCCUCCGAAUCAGACCGCACCGUGGCCGGACAGCAUCUUGCCUAUAGAUCAGACAUCUUUUGGUAAUCAGAACAGGCAACCGUUUGGCAGCUCACCAGAUGACUUGCUAUGCCAGCCUCCUUCAUCAGAGUCACCAAGUGAUGAGGGAACUCUCCUGGAUCAGCUUUAUUUGGCACUAAGGAAUUUUGAUGGUCUAGAAGAAAUUGACAGGGCUCUCGGAAUACCAGAACUGGUUAGCCAGAGCCAAGCUGUAGAUCCAGAGCCAUUCUCAAGUCAGGAAUCCAACAUCAUAAUAGAACAAAAGGCACCGGUUUUCACUCAACAAUAUGCAUCUCAGGCUCAAAUGGCCCAGGGUAGUUAUAUACCCAUGCAGGACCCAAACUUUCACCCAAUAGGACAGCGACCUGGUUACGCAACACUGCGUAUGCAACCUAGGCCUGGUCUCAGGCCUACUGGUAUAGUGCAGAACCAGCCAAAUCAGCUGAGACUUCAGCUUCAACAUAGACUCCAAGCACAGCAGAAUCGCCAGCCACUGAUAAAUCAAAUCAGCAGCGUCUCCAAUAUGAACCUGUCUCUGAGACCUGGAGUACCCACACAGGCACCUAUCAAUGCACAGAUGCUGGCCCAGAGGCAGAGGGAGAUAUUGAGCCAGCACCUGAGGCAACGACAGAUGCAUCAGCAACAGCAGGUGCAACAGCGGACUCUGAUGAUGCGAGGACAGAGUUUGAAUAUGUCACCAAGCAUGGUGGCCUCUGGUGGCAUACCAGCAACCAUCAGCAACCCACGGAUUCCGCAGGCAAAUGCACAGCAGUUUCCAUUUCCUCCAAACUAUGGAAUAAGUCAGCAACCUGAUCCAGGCUUCACUGGGGCUACAGCUCCCCAGAGUCCACUGAUGUCCCCAAGAAUGGCUCAUACUCAGAGUCCUAUGAUACAGCAGUCUCAGGCUACUCCUGCCUACCAGUCCUCUACAGAGAUGAAUGGGUGGGCACAAGGAAAUAUGGGUGGAAACAGCAUGUUUUCACAACAGUCCCCUCCACAUUUUGGGCAGCAAGCAAACACCAGCAUGUACAAUAACAACAUGAACAUCAGUGUAUCCAUGGCAACCAACACAAGUGGCAUGAACAACAUGAACCAGAUGACAGGGCAGAUCAGCAUGACCUCAGCGACCUCUGUGCCUACAUCAGGGUUGUCCUCCAUGGGUCCUGAGCAGGUUAAUGAUCCUGCUAUGAGGGGAGGCAAUCUUUUUCCAAACCAGCUGCCUGGAAUGGAUAUGAUAAAGCAGGAGGGAGAUACAUCUCGGAAAUAUUGCUGACCUUGACAGUUGCUGGUUGCUCCUUUCUUCAGCUGCCUGGGCUCACCAGCCCAAAACACUUACCAGUUUGAAGACCUGCAUCUAUUUGUUUUGACCCAACUGACCUGCCAAGCCAGCUCCGCUGGAGUGAGCUCAGCUAAACGCUGCAGACAGGAUUCAGCUCUGCCUUCCAGAGUGGAGUCAAAACAUUGUUGCUGGAAGAGCAGCCUCUUCUCUGACAGUCUGAAGCUAGCGUACAGACAGUUGCUCAGUCUGUUCACUGCAUUCACCUUAGUGCAACUUAGAUCUCUCCUGCGAAGUAAAUGUUGACAGGCAAUUUUCACAAACCAUGUCAGAUUGAAUGUAUUUAAAUGUAUGUAUUUAAGGAAAAACAACCAUGCUCUUGUUCUGUUCCUGUUUAGUUCUAGACCUUGGUUUCUUGCUUUUUGUUUUCCCUGGCUACUCAGUCUCAUGCAAAGGAUUCAAUUCCAUCUGCUAAUCAGUGUUUUGAACUAAGGCCUGCAUUUUGGGGUUGGGAGUGGGUUGGACGCUAGUGAGGGGUGUGGGCAAUGUAUGGGGAAUAAACAGCUAAUCAGUUGGUUUGAUUUAGGAAAAGAUAGAAAAGCUGGACCUUUGUAGAAAACUAUACAGAUCAAUUUUGAAUGGGUUUAAAGUUAUAAAACUGGCUAAAAACAUCUUAUGAGAGGGCCGUUCAGUAGGGGCUUUUUUGGUGGUAGUUUAAAAAAAAUUAUAGUGCAAAUCAUUAAUCCAAAAAUAUAAAUGCAUUAUCUUAUUAUGGAAUUAAAUUCCUGCCUGUCUCUCCCGGCCCUCUUUUCCUCCUCCUCCUCUUCUAAUAGGAUAAAAGAACAGGUAAGCCCUUCAUUUCCCAGGUGUGUUACCUGCAGUUUAGUCUGUAUGUAACCAGUUGUUGAACAAUGAAUUCCAAUGAGAGUGCAUUUAUUGGUGAUGGUAGUGGCAGAAUUGAGGCAUAAUAUCAAAAAGAGCUAAAGGCACCUGCUUUAAAAUAUGUUAAUUUCCAUUCCCCAUCCGUUAACUGGGAAAAUAAUAAUUUGUUUAAAACUUACGGCAGAUAUCACUACAGAUUUACCAUCAUGCGUUUUUAAUUCUUUUAAAGCAGUGUGGACUAUGAGGAAGUUUUGUAAGGUACAUAAAAUCCACUUUAUAUGUAAACAAGCAAUAAUUUAAGUUGAGAACUUAACUGUUUUAAUUGUAUAAUUUUUUUGUGAGGUAUACAUGUUGUGGAGUUGAUUCCAAAUGAGGUACUUCAGUAUUAAAUUAGAUAUCUUCAUAGCCGUGUGUGUCUCCUGAAAAAGUGUUUUGUAAAGGAUCACAAUGCCUUGAUUAGACCUAAUUUGUAUGCUUGAGACUUUUCAACUUGUGAUUCUGCUCAUAAAGUCAUUUAUCUAACCUAUAUUAUAUGCAGCCACUGUAGGAACCAAUUCUUGAUUUUUUUGUAUGUUUAUAUUCUUUCUUAAUGAAUCUUAGAGAAACUGUUACUAAACAAGUCACUGUUAAGGUGACUUUUUUUUCUUGCCCACUGUGGUUGGAAUAAUCUUUUACUAAACUGGCAUCAGUUUCUGAGGACUUGAAAUACCAAGAAAUUGAUGUUUUUGACCUCCUAUUUCUCUCUUCUGACCCUCAAUCCACACACUUUCUUAUCUGAACUCAAAUUUUUGAUGUCCUUUAAAAUGCAGUGCAUUUUAUAAUAUCUCAUCAGCCAUGCCUUUUGGGAGUGGAAGGUUUCUUUCCCUGUAAUUUGAUUGUUUAUUUAUGGUGGGGGUUAAAAUGUACAAAGUAUCUGUUGAUAUCUAUACAAAGCCGAAGAAAGUAUGUUAAAGAUGAUUUAAAAGAGUUGUUUCCCAUGGAAGGAUAUUCCUGAAAAUCAAGGAAAUCUGUGAAUCCAUUUGUUUCCCACUCAGAGGGACUCAUAACACACAGGGAACAGCACUUUUCUGCAGUCACCAUUUUGUAUGUCAAAUUCUAAAAGGAAAUAUUUAGUCAACUGAGCGGUCGUGUUUCGCUCUGGUGGAAAACUUUAAAGUAGCUGUCAGCCUGAGCUCCGUAUUCUCGUUGAUAUGAUGACAUUUUUAUUAAACAUACAUUAUAUACCUGACUUAAAUUUAUUUAUAUAAGAAUUGUAUAAAUUAGCGGGACUUUAACUUCACACAACACAAAAUGUAAAUGGGUUUUUAACUAAUUUUGUUUGUAUUGUAUUCCUUUUCAGUGCUCGACCCUUACUUCUUUCAAUAGAUUAAUCUUUUUCACGGUGGACAAAAGAGUAGUUUAAAUUUGUCCCUAUUCAUGACAGAUCUGCAAACCUUUAUAUUCGAUUUGUGAUUAUGAUACUUCAUUGCCCAUUGCCAUUUUAAAAGGAAGGAGAUUAUACCUACUACUUUGGCUCAGAAUUAGGUUUUGGUGUUUUGAGUUUUUGACAAGCUAAUUAAAAAGAAAAGUGAGUGAAGGAAUCUUCAGAUCAUAUUGAUCACAGUAGAAGCAAAAAUAAAUAGCCAAAUCAGUUCUCUUCAUUAUCAGUAUUUCUCAUUCUGUACACAGUAAAUUUGUUGGAGAAAGUGCUUGGAUUUUGUUAAACAGAACAAAUAAUCAGUGUUCUACUUAUAUUACUAAAUGUGAAAGGCACAUAAUGUGAAAAGUAUACAUACAUAAACUUGGUCAUAUGACCCAUUUAAGUGUUCAUGUAAUGUGGUAAGUUUAAAAAGUGAAGUGAGCUGUUUUGCUACAAUGAAUUAAUUUGUACUCAAAGUUUAAAAUUUCGUCCCAUACCAAUAUCCCUUUUGGCCUGUAUUAAUUGAAAGCAAUGUUUUUGCAGUUUAUAUAAUGCAUUUUUUAAUAUAUGUUUUAAAAUGGAGUUCAUAUGGGCUUAACACAUGAAAUGGGUGGCACAGCUCCACUUGCAAAACCCAAAGAUACACAAUCAGUUUUGAAAUGCAACUUAAGCCAUUAAUUGUUGGUGUGAAUUUCAAGUUUUCUAGUAUUUGUAUGGUAGUAUGCUGCUGAAGAGCAAAAGUAUUCUCUGCACAAAAGAAAAUUACUGUAGUGGCUUUGAUUUUAAUUAGAAUUUUCUCCCUGGUGUUUCUUUGUAGACUAAAACAAAAUCUUUUCAGUUUCUUACUACAGGUAAAGCUAUGUGCAAGAACCUCAAAAUGCUAAAAUCUAGCAUAAUGCCUUAGAUCGGUUUUUAAGUCUUGUAUAUUCCUACCUAGCUGUCUGAUGUAUUAUAUUUGUAUAGUGAAUUGUGUACAAUUUUGGAAUAAGUGUAUCAUCACUUACCUUUGUUGCUGAAUAGAGAUGGACACAUUUCUUCAAACAUUUACUGUCAUUUAAUUUUUUUCCCCUUUUUGUCAGUUGUGGGUUUUAUUUGUACAGUUCCUCAUCAAGUUGCAUCUGAGAUGUGUGUAUAUGAAAAGAUUAUACAAGGGUAAAAUUAAGCAAUAUAUAAACUAUGGUUCUUCAGGAGAAAGCUUACAGUGUUUCAGGUUGUGAUUUAUUUUCAAAGCGGAGUUGACUCUGAACAUCACCUUGUUCACUUGCAUUGAUGUUUGUAUUUCUAGUGUGAGCAGUUUAUGCAAAGGUAGAUAUAUUCAGAGAAAUUUUAAAUACAUUUAUGCAAGUUAAUAUUGCUUUGCUGAUGCUGUUUGCUUAUUUGAUGUUAAAUAAUGCUAUUGUAAAUAAAGAAUUCUGUUGUUAUUGCAUCAUUUAAUAAAUUUUAAUGCCUUCGGGUUUUACAUGGCUUUAGAGAUUUCAA